AUGGGAUUCAGUCUUAAUACUUCAGAUCUUCGAUUUUACGUGAUCUUUUGUUGUUUCGUAUCCUGCCUUGGUGCACUCAACAAUGGUGUCAAUACCAGCUCUCUCAAUAUUCCUGGCGACUAUGUCAAAUCUUGUCCUGGUGUACCACAAGGCGAAGUGACUUAUUACCCUGGAAGCUCCCUCCCUGAAUGUAUCCCCAUGAGCGAUUGGAUUUGGGGUGUAGCCACUGGCAUGUUUGCUGUGGGUGGUCUUCUUGGUGCUUUAAUGGCUGGUCCAAUGGCCGAACGCUUUGGUCGUCGUGACUCCAUGUUAAUCAUGAACGUGUCUUUCUUUAUCGGUGCCGUUCUCAUUUCGGUUGCUACCAGCAGUGCUCAAUUUGCCAUUGGCCGUAUCUUUGUUGGUAUUGGCUCUGGUUUUAUGACUGUUGUUAUUAGCAUGUACAUUGCUGAGAUCUCACCACCCAAAUAUCGUGGUGCCCUUGGUUGUGUGUUGCAAUUGCUCAUGACUAUUGGUAUCUUUUUGAUUGAAGCCAUUGGUCUUGGUCUUCGUUCUUCUGUUGGCUGGCGUAUCGUUGUCAUGCUUACGGUGGCUCCUACCGCAUUGCAAGUUGUAUUGCUUCCAUUCUGUGCCCGUUCUCCUCGUUGGUUGAUUAGCAAGAACCGUAUUGAUGAAGCUCGUGCUGAAAUGUUGCGUUUGCGUAAUGGUGACAUUGAAGCCGAAUUCUCUGAUAUGAUCCUUGGUCUCUCAAGCGGUGGUAACAAGGACGAUGAAAAGAAGACCCAAGACUCUGCUGGCUUCAAGGAAGAAGGCUCUGUUGUUUACCAAAGUGAGGAAUCCUUGUCAUUCUUCCAAGUCUGCCGCAUUCCUACUUUGCUUGUGCUCACUCUCAAGAUGAUGGUUAUCCACGCUGCUUCACAAUUAACGGGAAUUAAUGCGAUUAUGUAUUAUUCGACCAGUAUUUUUGCCACCUCCUUUGGUAGUGAUGCCCCUUAUGUCACUGUUGGUGUUGCCGCUCUCAACAUUGUCAUGACCAUCAUUGGUCUUGGUCUUGUUGAUCGUCUUGGUCGUAAGAUUUUGCUUAGUGGUUCAUCAGCCGGCAUGUGCUUGUUUGGUAUGAUCAUGACCAUUGCCUUGCACUUUGAAGUCUCAGCUCUCCAAGUUGUAUGUGUCAUGCUUUUCGUUUCUUCCUUUGCUGUCGGCUUGGGUACCAUUCCUUUCUUGAUUACUGCCGAGGUGUAUCCUACCUAUGCUGUUGGUGCUGCUUCAUCCUCUGCUUUGGUCGUCAACUGGCUCUGCAACUUCAUCAUUGGUCUCAUUUUCCCUACUCUCCAAAGUGCCAUGCAUGAAUACGUCUUUUUGAUCUUUAUGGGUAUUGCCUUUGUCGUCACUCUUUUCAUUAUCUUCUUUGUGCCUGAGACCAAGCGCAAAUCCAUUGAAGAUAUUGGUCGUGAGCUCGGCUGGUACGAUCUCAACAUUCAAGAAAUCCUUCGAAAGUAG